AUGAAAAACUUUAUCCAAAAAUUCCAAAACCUAGCCCCAAAAUCCAAAUCCACAACCCGCCCCAAAAAUGACUCCAAAUCCCCGGCCUCCACUUCCGGUACCUCCCUCGACACCAUCCCCCCCGAACUCCUCUCAAACAUCCUAUCCCACCUCCCCUCCAAACGCGACAUCUUCCCCCUCCUCCUAACCUCCAAACGCCUCUACCACAUCACAUACCCUCACAUCUGGAAAAGACUCGAAUCCAACAUCCACGAACGAUCCACCUCCUCCUUAAGUCAUAGAUAUCGAAAAACUGGACUUCGAAGAUUAGGCGAUGAUAUUACUGAUCAAGUAUAUAAUCUGAACAAAGAUGAUAUUCUGGGCUUUAAAUAUCUUAAGCAUAUAGUAUUCUGGGCUGCUGAUUUAGAUGCGGGGAGUGUUUGGAUUGAUUCUGGAUUGUUUGGGGUUGUUUGUGGUCAAAUCAAGGCGGGGAGGAUGAGGUUACGGUUGUUGGAGGUUAUAUUGGAGAGGCCAGAGCAAGUAUGCCACGAAGCGCGUGAAUUCUUAAGUGUUCUGAAAGAAUACUCUAAAACCUGGCCUCAGAAGCUCAAAAUCAGGAUAAACAUCCCCUGGAGCGACCAAUUCUCCGAAUUCAUAGCCAAUAACUUCCGAUUAGAAGAUAUUACAAACCUACGUCUUCGCUCCGACGUAGAUAUCCCAUCCGACGGUGUCGGCGAAGAUGUUGUUGAGAAAACAAUCGACAAUAUUAAACGACUAACAAAUCUUCUCCAAAGACUCCCAUCUUUAAAGAUUCUAUAUAUUUCAGGAUCGGAAAAUAGAUGCGAAAGGGUUCCGACGCUGGUUCAACCGCUGUUAUCUGAGUUAUCUCAACUACAAGAUACAAUUUUGGGGUUGAAAAGAGUUCAAAGUCUUCAUAUUUACGGUCCGCUCUUUCAUCCUUCCUUCUUCGUCACUCCACCGGAAAACGUCAAGAAGUUGACUUUCACGCGAUGUUUCUCAUGGGAAUGGUGGCGACAAUUUUCACAAUGUCCUUUUUCAGAGGUCGAGGAGUUAGAACUCUAUGUUGAUACGGAUUGGAUUAUUUCCGAAUGGGGUUCUCCGGAUGAUAUUGAUAUGAGGAUUCAAGGACAAAAUUUUGUGUAUAGGAUGGAACAUCUUGAACUGAAGAGUUUGAAGAAAUUUAAAACAGAUAGAUGGGUUCGUUUGGAUUUUAUUCCAGAGGGGUUUUUUGAUAUAGUGGUUGCGAAUAAUCCGGGACUCGAUGAGGAAAGUCGGAAGAAUUGCGAGAUUAUGAAGGAAUAA